GAAAGCUUUUGGUUGAAAAGGAGUAGAUCUAGAAUUAUAAAAAUAAAGAAGCGUCAAUUAAUUAAAGUCUUAGAUUAAGAGCUGUAUAACUUUAAUCUGAAUGACAAGCUGAGUCUAUGUAACAUACAUCUGCAUAUACAUGAAGGUAAAAAAAUCAACACAUUUAAGGAAAGUCAGAACUUGCUUGCAGUAGAACAGAGUUAACAUGGCUCAAAGGAGAGGCCAUCAUCAGCCCCCUGAACAUGAAUGGUACCUACAUAGACUCCAACCUGGAUACUCCCCCUAUCAUCCUACAAAUGAUGCAAGGCUGUAUACACAAAACAAUACAGAAUUUUGUAGAGAUUUAAACAUUGGUGAUCGUGAUCAUGACAUAUUCUACCAUGAAGGUACAGUUAGUGAAAGAUAUUACAAGGAUGAUUAUAGAGAUUACUCUAGUACUGGUCAUAACCAGUUUCAACCUGAACCUGUUGAAUAUACUGGUCAUGACAGGUAUCAACCACAUUCUGACAUCAGGUACCAACCUCAUCCUAAUGAAUAUGCUGGUCACAAGAGGUACCAACCUGACCCUGUUGAAUAUACUGGUCAGGACAGGUAUCAACCACACCCUGAUGAAUAUUCUAGGUACAUCAGGUGCCAGCCUCAUCAUAAUGAAUAUACUGGUCAUGACAGGUACCAACCUGACCCUGUUGAAUAUACUGAUCACGACAGGUACCAACCUGACCCUGUUGAAUAUACUGGUCACGACAGGUACCAACCUGACCCUGUUGAAUAUACUGGUCAUGACAGGUAUCAACCACACCCUGAUAGAUAUGCUAGUGACAUCAGGUACCAACCUGACCCUAAUGAAUAUACUGGUCAAAAGAGUUACCAACCUGACCCUAAUGAAUAUACCGGUCAUAAACAGUACCAACCUUACUUUGAUGAAUAUACUGCACUUAAUCAUGAUCAGUUUACUAGUUACAAAAAGCAUCAGCCUAACUCUGAUGAAUAUAUUGACCAUAACAGAAGCCAGUUCCAAUCUGUUAAAGAUACUGGUCUUAACAGAUUUGAAAGAAUUCAGAGUGGGCCCUUGUCAUAUGCAAGUACAUCAAAUAAUAGACAAAUACCUUCUUUAACUGGCCGAGGUUCUUAUCGGUCACCAUCUAAAAAAUGGAACAGUCCAAAGAGAAGCUCUGGUAGUGCUAACAAAAUUGUUUACAAUACAAUUUCAAAACCUGGAUCGAAACAAGUCACUACUCCGCCACAAACAAGUCCUAGUCUUCUUGUUGAAGUAAAGAGAAAUCAUGAGUCUGCUCCAGCUGAAACAGCAAUGCGUGAGCUGCCAAAGUUUGAUAAACCUGGGCAGAUUGAUUCUAUGAAAAGCCAGACUAUAAACUUUGAAAAUCAGACCUCAUAUAAAGAACCCAAGGUAGAUUUGCCAUUAAACUCAAGUCUACAAGUAAUUGAUUCUGAAGAUGAAUUGAGCAAACAAUCAGAUAAAAAGUCUAGUGAAAUCCCAGUUCCUGGUUCUCCUGCUGCUAAAUUAUGUCAGAAACAGAUCUUACCAAGAAAGGAAGUAGAUAUAGAUAAUCAAGAAAACAGCAUUACAGAAAAUCUAACAGAAGACAAACUUAUUGAAGAAAUUAAGGAAGAGAAUUCAGACACAGCAACUUGUAAUGUUAAGGAAUUAAGUAACGAAUCCCAGAAUUUCAGUGAGGUUGAACUAGUGAAUAAAUUAAAAAGUGUUGAUCUUGGCACAAGUAUCAAAGGAAAGGACAGCAGGCAAGAGAAGUUAGCAAAUGCACAAAGCACUGCUAAAACUGCAGAUGUUAAUGUUAAAGCUAAAUCAAGUGCUGUAGCUGGAGUUGAAAAAGUUGAUAAGACUGAAAAAAGUGACAAUGUCAUGGAUAUUUCUUGCUCAAGGAAAGAUUCUGUAACUAAUGAACAAGAGCCUGAGAAAUUAGAAGAUGAAAUGCAUGUAAAGUUGAACUUUGCUUCACAGGAAGUUGUACAUAAAGAAAUAGAUGACAAAAAUAAGGAAGAUGAAAAAAACAAUUCAUUAAAACAAGCUGAUGAUAACUUUAAUGAACAUGUCAAUCCUUCAAAUGAAAAUGUGGAUGAAACUUCAAAAUCUUGUGGCAAAAUUGAACAAGAUAAUGAUGUUGAAGAUACAUCUCAUAGAAAUAAGAGUGUAUUGCACUCACUUAAUGUAUCAGAACCUGAUUAUAGCAAGAUCAGAGAUGAUUUGACAAAAUAUGCAAAAGAAAGUGAUAUAAAAGAAUUGCAAACAAAUGAAGAUUUGAAUGGUAAAUGUAUAGAUCAAGGAGGUGAAGUAUUAUCUGAUGAUUGGAAAAGUAAAAAAAUUAAUGAUUUCCACAAGAGGGUGCUUGGUAAGUUGUCAGUAAAAACUUCUUUGGUACAGAAGAUCAAUAAUCGUUCAUUGGAGAUACUCAAGAAAGAAAAAGACCUAAAUACAAGUGGAAGUUCACUUGAAUUAUGUAGUCAUGAAGAAUCCAUGGAAAUUGAUGAAAGUUUAGACCUUAUUACAGACACAGAUACUUCAGUUGAUUUAGAAUCAAACAUUGAUCAUGAAUUCAUCAAUAUCAAUGAUCCAAACGUAGAUUCAAGAUCAAAAAAUGAAAAAUACAAAGUUCAUAUCAAUCAGCCAAAGGAGGGUGAAAUUGAGGCAUGUCUUGACAGUUCAAGUAAAGAGAACAGCAUGGACAUGUUCAAGACACUCACAAAUACUGAACAGGAAGUAGUAGUUGACCGAGAUGAAGAGAUGAUAAGUGAGUAUUUAGGGUGUGAAGGUUUUAAUCAGGUGAAGGGUUCUGAAAUAGAUCUUGUUAAUGACAUGUCUGAUGUGAGCAUGCAUUUUAUUGACAAUGUUGAACUUAAUCUUAAAAAGGUUUAUAACAAUGGGAAUGUUUUUGAAUUGAACACUGGUGGCACUAAUAACACUGAUAAUGCUAAAUUUGAAAAUUCUGGUAAUGCUGUGGUUGUUUUUGAUGGUGAUUUAGGAGGCUUGAAUACUAAUAAUAGUCUUGCUGUGGUUGACGUGGUAACAGAUUACUUUAAUAACAGUGAAAAUGCUAAUGAAUUACAAAACAUCAAUACAUUAGAAACAGGUGAUGCCAAACAUAUGAAUAAUAAGGACAUUGUUAAAAUAAUUGAUGGUAAUAUCAUUGAAAGUAAGGAUAAUGGUAGUAAUGUUGGGACAGAAAUUGUAGAUAUUUCUGCAUAUGAUGAUGAGACUUUUGGUGAAUCUGAAAAUAGAAUUGUUGAUUUUGAUGUAACUAUGAAAACUGGAGAUCACGAUGUGGUUUAUGAUAAAGGAAAUCUAGCUGUGGAAGUUGGAAGUGAUACGGUAGCAAAUUGCAGUGGUAAAGAUGUGCUGCAGGAUUUAGCAUUAAAGCAGAAAUUUAAGAUCAGAGAAUCAUUCAUCCCUCUGGACAAAGUUGAUUGUCAUGGAUAUAAGGGAAAUCCGAGUGUGAAGCAAAGCAGCAAAUAUAUUGAAACAGAAACUGAGGACACUGAAGGCAAUACUGAAGAAACUAUAGGCAAUACCGAAGAUAUAUCUAUAAACAAGAGUUGUAAUGACCAGCAACACAACAAGCCUAUGGAUACUCAAAGUGUAGAAACAGACAGUUUAACUGCUUCUGAAAUGCAUUCUUUGACUGAUUUGAACAAAGGUGACACCCAAGAAAAGUCUUCAGAAUCAUCCAAUGGUGGGUUGAAAAAGGUUAUUCCACUGAGUGAACGUUUUGGUCAGCUGACUAACAGACCAGGAGAAACAGAUCAUGAUAGUGAGGAAACUGAGUUUAAAGCAGAGUAUGAAAAUAUUGUUAAUAGAUUAAAAACAUCUGAUCAGAAAAGUGGGCCACAUGAGCAGACAACCUCUAACACUGAACAAUAUAAGGAAAUGGAAGUGGAUGAACCAACAGGUGAAAAUGAAGAGAAGGUAUCAGAAAUGGCAAAUGAAGUUAAUGAUAAAGUAAUAAAAUAUAAUGAUAGGAAAGAAGUGGCUGAACAAUCAAACAAAGAAAAUCUAAGACAGUCUAUGUCAAAUGGAGAUGCCAACAAUGACAAUGGGAUGUCAGAAGUUAAGAAAGAUGUGAAACCAAUGGGAACAAGUCCAGUGUCAUUCUUGGACUAUAGUGAUGAAUCAGAUGAUGAAUUACUGGUUACACCAUCAGCUUUCCUCAGAUCUAUAGAGGAAAUUAAUGGUCGCCCUUUAGUUAUCACACCUACUAAAGUGAUUGACUCCAGUCAGAACAGUAAUACUACCUCCAGCAGUAGUGAUUUGUCUCCCCUGAAACCAGUUGCACAAAGACCUGGAUUAAAAAACAAGUUUACACUAGAUGGGCUGUUAGCUGACCAUGAAGAAAAGGCUGAUCAUGUUAAAGAGAUGAACGAGAUUGAUAAAGAACUUCAGAAUGAAAUCAAACAAGGUGGAUUUGUGAAUAUUUUGAAUAAAGAAGAUGCCGAAAUUGCAGGUAUGUGCCAUUAAGAUACAUGUAUAAUAAUUAU